AUGGAGAAUAAUCAGCUGACCGUGAUAAAAACCUCGCAGUUCAGCUUAUGUAACAGAUAUCUUGAAGUUAGUCGAUUUGAAGCGGAACAUUCAGGGGUUCGAAAAAUGAUCGGCUCUCAGGAUGAAGCAGCGUCAGAGAAAGUCGUGGAUGAUCAGACUUGGUUGAUGCUUGUCAGAUCCUCUUCUCUUCGUAUUCUCCUCGCUCCAGAUAGCUUGUUAACCGAUCGCCAGCUUCCAGCUUACGUACUCCAUACAAAGGAGCCUAUCGUAAAGCUUCCGAUUACCCCUGAAGUCCCCAAGCAGCUAGAAUAUCCAUUUGUCCACUCGAGCCCGCAGGCCCAGGCACAUGGAGAAACUCCCGUCCUGUCUCGCUCGCUGCGGGGAUCAGGCGUUGCACAGCACGUAAACUCUCCUCCAACCACCUAG